AGGGCUCCUUGGUGCCCUCGCAAUUCGUCAUCUCUUGUCAAUUGCCUUCUUGUCUUUCGUUCGCUUUUCUUCCGAUUGCCAUGCUAGACUUGUCUGGCAACACAACCUCCGCAGACUGCCAAUAACGCGAGUGGCUGUUGCAUAGCCUAUCGUCCUGUCGUCCUCCUCCAAGCGGGUCUCUGUCGCCAGGACCUGAACGCGAGGCGGAUGAUUUGCCCGGGUCUCUCAAUUUUACAGUGAUUUUUUUUAUCGUCCGCCUGUCAGAAAUGUCGCCGGAAUGCCAUGGCCCCAUUUGGGCCAUCGAUGACGUUUCCCGUUGCUUUCAGCGCAAUUAUCUACAAGUAAUUUUGCCACUUACCGCAUGUGGGCUCUCGCUCUUAUUCAUCGUACUUCGCAUCUCCUAUCGUUAUUUAGUGUCUCGAAAAGGUGUCUCGUAUAAGAUCCUCGUGGAUAAUGCUGCGGAAACUGGUGCCCAAGUGGCCGAGGAGCAUGGAGAAGAAACGGAUCGGAUGUUAUCCAAGGCCGCGGAAGAGGAAUUGUUACAAUUUGAAGUCGAUCGUCCCCGAGGCGAAAUCGCUCUGAUAACGCUCGAAGUAGUUGCGCUUCUGGGAGAAGUGGCCGUCUUCAUCGCGGUGCUGUGGACAAAUACCUGGGGCGACAGCGGUAAACUCUCUGCUAUAGCGAAGCUAGUUUCGUGGAGUUAUAUCCUAUUUUUGACAUUGGUUCGCUUGCUUCUCUCUACUCUGGACUUGCAUCUGCUGCCCAGGAUUUGGAAUCAUACCGCUUGUCUGUACGGGCUUCAGUGGUUGUUCAAUAUUCUUGUGUUCCGGUCCGCCGUCAUUCAUCCCGUCUCAAGGCGUGCUACAAUCUUCACUGCGGUGGAGUUUUCUCUAUCUACACUUCUCCUUCUCAUUGCAGUGACUACGCGCAGAGGAAAUAAGGCCGUAUUAGUUCCACACGAGGAUGGUAUCCAGCCAGCGAGACAUCCAACUGCCAGCUUGAUCUCCUUAGCAACCUUUUCCUGGCUAGAUUCCCUCAUUUUAAAAGGUUACAGACAAGCUCUGGAGCUCGACGACGUUUGGAAUUUGACCUCAUCCCAAAAAGCAGCAACCGUGCUGGAAGACUUUCGCCGACGGCAGUAUAAGGGCUCAUUGGUUUGGAGACUUGGUCGUUAUUUUUGGCCUACGCUCUUGUGGCAAGGUUCAUGGACGAUUUUCUCAUGCCUUUUUACCUACUUACCUACUCUGCUCCUCAAGGCAAUCUUGGAAUAUGUGGAGGAUCCAAGGUCAACCACUGCGAAUGCCGCUUGGCUGUUUGCCAUCAUGUUGUUCUGCUCGGGAGCUAUUCAGGGUGUUGCGGACGGACAGGCUCUCUGGAUAGGGCGCAAGCUAGGCGUGAAACUUCGCGCCAUUAUUAUCGGCGAGAUCUACGCCAAAGCUCUGAGGCGUAAGGCGGGAGCCUCUGGAGAUGCGGGCAAGAAAAAACCCGAAGAAACUCCUCCCAAUAGUAAGAAGAAGAGGGCCUUUACCUUCGGCCGAAAGAAAAAGAAGGCCACAACGACAGAUCCCGAGUCAGAAGGGCAGAACGCGAAGGAAUCUGGAGACGACGAUGCUCACUCGGCCAAUACCGGUAACAUCAUCAACUUGAUGGCUAUUGACUCCUUCAAGGUCAGCGAGGUGGGUGCUUACCUUCAUUUCCUGUGGGCUAGCGUGCCGGUGCAGAUCACUAUCGCCGUCACCCUUCUCUACCGGCUUCUUGGGUUCAGCUCUUUCGCUGGCAUUGUCAUCAUGGUUUUCAUGUUGCCGGUGAACCUGUUCAUCGCGAAGCAAUUUACAAAGGUCCAAAACCAGAUCUUGGCUUCAACCGACGCUCGCAUACACGCCACCAAUGAGAUUCUGCAGAACAUCAGGAUCAUCAAGUAUUUCGCAUGGGAGCAGCGCUUUGAGGAUACCGUCAACGAGAAACGCAAGGCGGAACUCAAGGCUUUACGCUACCGCUACAUUAUCUGGUCCACGGCAGCAACCGUCUGGUACGGAACACCACUUAUUAUCACCUUCGCUUCCUUUUUCCUGUACACCGUUGUUGAAGGGAAGAAGCUGACACCGUCGAUUGCCUUCCCGGCCCUGUCGAUGUUCUCCUUGCUUCGUAUUCCGUUGGAUCAGUUGGCCGAUAUGGUGGCUCACGUCCAAGAAUCAAAGGUCUCUCUGGACCGUGUGGAUAAAUUCCUCAAUGAGGAGGAAACUCAGAAAUACAGCCAGUUGGAAGAUAGCAACCCUGCUGGACAGCCACCUAGGAUUGCGCUGGAGAAUGCCACACUUACUUGGGGAAGCUCCAAAGGCCAAUAUAAAGAUGACCCGCAGAGUGAUACUGCAGACGCAUUCCGCUUGAUUAAUAUCGAUGUAUCAUUCCGGACUGGCAAGUUGAAUAUCAUUACUGGAGCUACAGGCUCUGGCAAGACAUCUCUUCUGAUGGCACUCUUGGGAGAAAUGAAACUCCUGGACGGUAGUGUUCAUUUACCCGGUGGAACCUCUAGCCGGACAGAACUUCCGGUCGACCCACAGACAGGUCUUAUGGAGAGUGUGGCGUACUGUGCGCAGGAAGCGUGGCUAGUCAAUGAUACCGUCAAGGGAAAUAUUGUUUUUGCCUCACCUUGGGAUCAGCGUCGCUACAAUGCUGUGGUAAAGGCCUGCGCUCUGGAACGAGACUUCAGUAUCCUCGAUGCCGGUGAUCAGACUAUCGUAGGAGAGAAGGGUAUCAGUCUUUCAGGAGGACAAAAGCAGAGAAUAUCCCUCGCCCGUGCCAUCUACAGCAGGGCCCGCCACCUCUUGUUGGACGACUGUCUGAGUGCCGUAGAUUCCCACACAGCCAAGCACAUUUUCCGAGAGGCUCUCCUAGGACCGUUGAUGUUUGACCGAACCUGCGUGCUUGUUACCCACAACAUCGCUCUGACUGUCCCGCAAGCGGAGCAUGUCAUCGUCCUGGACAACGGUAAAGUGACCGCCCAGGGACAUCCGGACAAGGUAGCAGCGUCCGGAGUGCUCGGCGAUGAGCUUCUCAAGUCACGACCCACAUCUAGAUCUAGCUCUCAACGUCCUUCUCGAAUGCCGACCGAUCUCGGAGACCGCCAUGAGGACGAGCCGCAUGCCACUAACGGUGGAAUCACCAACGGCUCGGCCGGAAAAGGCCAAAAACAAGAGGAGGCACGACCUAAAUUGGUGGAAGGAAAGGCUACUGGUAGUAUCAAGUGGUCAACCAUCAAAAUGUACCUUCUAUCUAUGGGCUCAUGGUACUACUGGACGGGCGCCUUGUGUGUUUUCUGCUUGCAGCAACUGGGAUCUGUAUCGACGAAUAUUUGGAUCAGACAGUGGGCCAACUCCUAUCAUACCGAGGAUCUCGGAACAGACGAUGUGGGAGACUACGCUGCCAUAACGAGUUUCAAGAUCCCGUCAUUCAAUGCUGGGGGUGUCCCACGAACCUCCACACAGAGUGCCCCCCACUUUGGUACGCGGGCUGCCACGGGGACCUACGGCGAUGUUAAUGUUGCCUACUAUCUCGGUGUAUAUGCGAUUCUUGGAUUGUUUUACAUCAUGAUUUCCUUGGUCAGAGAGGGUGUUCUGUUCUGGGGCUCCCUGCAUGCAUCCAAUCAGAUCCACAAGCGUCUUUUGAAAGCCGUGAUGCAUGCUAAGUUCAAGUUUUUCGACUCGACACCUCUUGGUCAAUUGAUGAACAGGUUUUCCAAGGAUGUUGAAGCUGUCGACCAAGAAGUUGCUCCGGUGGCCAUCGGUAUGCUUCAUUGUCUUGCCACUGUGGUGAUGAUUGUGGCUCUGAUUUCCGUGAUAAUGCCCGGUUUCUUGAUUGCGGCUGUGUUUAUUACGUUGGUCUACUUUGCACUGGGAGCUGUGUACUUGAAUGCCUCUCGUGAUCUCAAGCGACUAGAGUCUGUGCAAAGAAGUCCUCUGUAUCAGCAGUUUGGCGAGACCCUUAAUGGGAUUGUCACUAUUCGUGCCUACGGCGACGGGCCUAGGUUUAUUGUGGAUAAUCAUCGGCGCAUCAACGACUACAACCGGCCGCACAUUUAUCUCUGGGCCAGUAAUCGCUGGCUUGCCCUUCGCGUUGACUGGUGUGGUGCCUUGGUCUCCUUCUUUACUGCUGUCUUUGUCCUGCUCAGUAUCGGAAAGAUUGACGCCGGCGCUGCUGGUCUUGCGUUGACAUACGCAGUUACAUUCACGGAGAACGUUCUCUGGUUGGUCCGUCUCUAUUCCGAGGUUCAACAGAACAUGAACUCGGUCGAACGAGUGAAGGAGUAUCUCGAGGUAGAGCAAGAGGCGGCGGCGGUUAUUCCGGACUCGAGGCCGCCAGCCCACUGGCCUAGCGGCGGAGCCGUUGAAUUUACCAACUACACUACACGCUACCGACCGGACCUUGAUCCUGUCCUUCGUAACGUUUCCUUCACUGUGCAACCGGGUGAAAAGGUCGGCAUCGUGGGCCGCACGGGUGCGGGCAAGAGCUCAUUGGCCCUGGCUCUCUUCCGUGGACUUGAAGCUGAGAAGGGACGUAUAGUCAUUGAUGAUGUAGAUAUUGGCUCUAUUGGGCUCCGCGACCUGCGAGAGUCUAUCACGAUUGUGCCUCAAGACCCGACUCUUUUCACAGGCACCAUCCGGAGCAACCUCGACCCAUUCAAUCUCUUUACGGAUGAGGAAAUUUUCACGGCGCUCCGCCGGGUUCACUUGAUCGGCUCUGGAACAUCAGGAACCGCAACUCCUGUGGCAAAUAGUGCAGAACCCAUCGCGACGGCGAAUGGCACUGUUGUUCUUGACAAUAAGAACGUCUUCCUCAACCUGGAGACACCGAUUUCGGAGUCUGGAUCUAAUCUGUCCCAAGGGCAGAGGCAGCUUAUGUGUCUCGCCCGUGCCCUUCUGAAGGACCCCAAGGUACUGAUGAUGGAUGAAGCGACGGCUUCCAUUGACUAUAAUACCGAUGCCAGAAUCCAAGAGACGCUACGUGAACUCCGAGACAGCACGAUCAUCACGAUUGCGCACCGCUUGCAAACCAUCAUUGACUACGACAAGGUGCUGGUGCUCGACCAUGGCCGUGUGGUGGAGUACGACCAUCCGUGGACGCUCAUCAACCGGGAAGAUGGUGUGUUCCGAGGCAUGUGCGACAACAGUGGGAACAUGGAGACCCUUCUGGAUGGUGCCAAGAAGGCCUGGGAGCAUAAACGGCUUGUGGAUGACUCAUAGACUUUACAAAUAGCUUCUGUUCUGCAUAUUUAUUUUUCCUGACCCUUUGUCAAUCUUCAUCCGAGCGAAGACCAAAAGCUUUCUAGGCUCAGGGUAUUAUUCUGUAUUGUUAAUUAUAUUGGGCGUAUAAAGGAAUGUGCUCUUGAGUUAAUAUAAUAGUUUGAUCUACGUUAGAG